AACGUCAGUCACGUGGUAUAACGGACUCGCUGUCUGAUACACCGAGAAGAUCUUAAAAGUUUAAGCGUUUGCAGCGGCGCACUCGAAAACUAUCACAUUACAAUGUCCGAUGUGGAAUCUGAUGAGUUUGACGAGAGUACCACCCUUGGGGAAUAUGAAGGUGAUAGAAAUGAAGCAGGGGAGCGACACGGAGUGGGUAAAGCUGUGCUGCCCAAUGGAGACAUUUAUCAGGGACACUACAAAAAUGGAAAGAGACACGGGCAGGGGACAUAUCAGUUCAGGAAUAGUGCAAGAUAUGUGGGAUGUUAUAACCAGAACAAGAAACAUGGUCAGGGUACCUUCUACUAUCCAGAUGGAUCCAAAUAUGAAGGCUUAUGGGUUGAUGACCUGAGACAGGGUCAUGGCAUCUACACUUACCCCAAUGGAGACACAUACAGUGGAGAGUGGCUGAAGCACAUGAGGCAUGGACAGGGUGUGUACCACUAUCAUGACACUGGCUCCAGGUACAAAGGAUCAUGGGUGAAUGACAAGAUGGAGUCAAGCGGAGAGUUUAUCCACGCCAACCACAGAUACCAGGGCAACUUUGUCAGCAACACUCCGUCUGGUCCGGGGAAAUACAUAUUUGACAACGGCUGCGAGCAGCACGGAGAAUUCCACCGACAGGACAAAGCCGAGGGGGAGUCAGACCCCACCAUCACCCUCAAAUGGACUCCACAGUAUUUCACUGCAACACAAAGGACUCCUGAUGUGGAGCCAUGAGGCGAAUUUCAUCAGCUCAGCGUGGUCGUGUGAUAUCAGACAGCUGGUCCAUUUCCACUGUCACUACAGACAGAAGAUCUUAACUACGGUCAUUAUUACCUGUAAAAAAAA